AUGAACAUGGGCAAAAAAAAAACUGUUCAUGUUUUAUCAGUUAAUGUUGACGAUUCAAAGUUCAAGUAUGGGGAUGACCAAUAUCGAUUAGACAUCAAAAUAAAGAUAAUGUUUGGGGUGAGAAGGGAUGGAAAGAAUGCUCACAACAGUCAUAGACGAAAGGUGGUGAAAUCGAUUUCUAGACUAUUGAUAUCACUGGUUGCACACGAUGAUGAGAAUUUAGAGUCCUUUUUGGAAGAGCUCGAAGAAAGGGGGAGCUCCUCGGAGGCGAAACGGGGGAAACAUUUUAUAGAUCGGAUAAUGAAGAGUAAGAUACUUCAAAAAGCUAGCUCAAUUGAGACUAAAGAAGUCAAUGAAAAUGUUGAUAAGGAUAAAUUGUCAUUACCUAAAUUAGCAACGAAUUUCCAGGCAUUGGCGAAGAAGUUGAAUAUAAUUAACAUGCUGAUCAAUGAGAUACAUGAUAUUGGCAAAUGGAAGCAUGCCGAUAAGACCUUGACUGUCUUGUUACUAUACACGUGGAUGUGUAUAUAUCCAUAUUUUCUCCUUAUCUGCCCGAUAGUAUUUGCGGCGGGGUACAUGUGUUACCAAUACACAUACAGGCAUCCGUUAAUUAACAAGCCCAGCUGUUCAACCAGGGAUAAGAGCCUGGAGAAGGUUUGGGAAUUAGGAUGUGGAGAAAGAUUGAAGCAAGUAAGGAGUGAGAGACUCCCUGAUAGGGGGUUAUUUGGGUUUCUGCUAGAUGGUUCGGACGAGGAGGAAGGGAUGCAAGCAAACGGGGAUGAGGAGAGGGAACGCUUUGACGAAGGAGAUGCUAGAGAGAUUUUUCGAGAUGUAGAAGUCAGUGGGAUGUUUGAGGAGUAUGAGAAGAUGAUUGAAAAGGAGGGAAACGAAAGGGAUGGGACAAGAGAGAAUACCUUUGGUCUUGAGGAGCACUUUGAGUCCACUUACCACAACCACAUACUCGAGAGUCUCUUAGAGAUACAGACACUGACGGGGCAAAUACUAGACAGUGUCGAAAGAGGUGAGAGGUUUAUCGAGGAGUGUUGUUCAUUUCAAAAUGAGAAGGUGAGUACGGUAUUGUUGUACAAGUUGCUGCUUAUAGUUGUCAUUGUGUUUGUUCUGGGUGAUUACAUCAAUUGGAAGCUGAUUACGAUUACGUUACCAUGGAUUGUGCUUGGGACGAUACAUCCAAUGGGGAAGGUGUUUUUUCGAUUGCUUACUGUAAAGGGCGGCAACAACAACAGCAAUCACGAGGGGAAGAAGAGGAAACCCUACGGAGAGCAUGUGGUUGAGGAGAGACAUGAGAAUAAUAUCCUUGAUGAAUACCUGGAAAGUCUGGUCCUCAUUGAUGAGUCUGUUACUGCACGAGAAGUUUAUAUCUACGAGAUUGAGAGGCUCCAUCCCGUCAAGGGGUACAUGGCGUUUGGAUAUAGUGACACGGCGUUUGACAAGAACGACUACGUACGCAGACGGCGGGAGAUGCCCCUAAUGGUCAGCAAUAUAGUGGACGUGCAGCCACCUGAGGGAUGGGUGUUCCUCAAUGGUGAAGAAUGGAGGGCUAGUUCUGGUGGGAGAUGGGAGUACGAUGUGGGCACCGUUAUGGAACCAUCGGUGUUUAGAAGACGGGUUUGGAAACGAAGGGUCAUUACUACAAAGUUUUAA